AUGUUUCUAUUUUGCACACAAAACGUGGCCGAACCUGUGUACCUUCUCCCAGCUACCGGUCCCGCACCUGCAGCUAACCAGUUCAAAGACCACACAGGUGGUCUCCUCGGAGAGACAGUCAAUCAACCCCGCGUCGAUUCUCCGAGAUUAGAUACCAAACGGAGGCAGACGUUGUUCAAUCUCUUAAAUGCUUUAAACGAGCUCAGCCAGGCCGAAUCUCUUGGUGAAGACUUUGACCAGAAUCCAAGCUUUGAGGAUGACAGAGAUGUCCCGACUGUUGACGAGCAACUACAGGUUGCAGGAGCAGAGGCAUUUAACAAAUUUCAGAAGAGGAUCAAUAGUCUUGACAAAGAGCUCAGAAAUUUUGGCAAUGCUGCACGACAGCUUGGUAGUUCCGUCGGAAUUCUGUCCUCCGCGUUUCGGCUCCGCGAACGUCUUGCGCAAAUUCUCUUCCUUUUCCGGGACAACGCGGCUGAUCUUUUCCCUCGCAAGGUCUCCCGUCAGCAGCGUGAAUUUUUGGUUAAUCCCAAUCUGAUGGACAGAAAACGCAAAGCUCGACGGCGAAAGAGCAUGCCAGGGCGUAUUCCAGCAAACACAGAAGACAGCCUUGAUCUUGAGAGCCUCCCAGAACAGUUCGAGAGCUUCGCUACUGUUCUCAUGACCUUUUUGAAAUGCCUGAAUGAAUUUCCGGAGUUCACCGACGAGGCUGUUAACACUUCGAUAAAGUCAUUUGAGGGCGAUUUGAAGUACUGGGCAUGUUGUUUACAAGAUUACAGAGGACAAUUCAAAUAUCCUGCUGUGCAGCGCUAUGUCCAUGACCUUACGGCUGAAAUGGGGGAGCACAUCGACAGCAUUACCGGGACGUUAUCUAUGUUCAUCGAAGUCGGUGUUCCGACCAUUCGAUUCGCACAGAAGCACGGUGCAGCAAAUCUUUUAACUCUCUCCACUGUGGCCACGUUCUUCUCCGCCGUCACUGCGACUACGCUGCAAUUCUCGUAUUCUCAAACUGGAGAUAUGCUCUCCGACGGAGUUAAUGCGUUCUGGUUCUCCUCGCUUGUAUUCAGCAUCGCUGCUGCUGUUAAUAGUUUGCUUGGGCUUUCUUGGAAACAAGCGAUGUAUCGAUCACCUGGUGAUCGUGUACCGUGGUGGGUACUGAUAUGGAUUAAACGAUCACCUCUAGUAUUUUUGGUGAUGUCUGUGGCUUGUUUUUCGGCCGGACUUGUACUGUUCACGUAUUCUACGAACCAGGGCAAAGUUACCUCUACAAUCACAACAGUUUUUACUGCAUUCACCUCAUUUGGCCUAGCAGCGGUUUCAGCCUGGUUCGCCUCUGAGAGAUGGACAUUUGUGCAUCAUCGCGGGUCGAAGUGGCUUUCUGACGUCCUGAAAGACGCUCUGCGACACUUCAUGGCACUGCGUCUUGUCUCGACCGUCAGCAAAUGCUUUGGCUGGGGCUCUCGGUAUGUGCAAAAAGGUGUCGAGGUAGCAGGACACAGAUUUAGGCGGGUGUCGUCGAUGGGGACAAUUACACCAACCGCAUUAGAGCAAGGCGAAUAUGCUCACACUGUGUCACGCCCUCCCGAAACCCUUUCUCCGCUAUCGCCUGUCCGACAAUCCACGGACUCCCACUCGCAUUUGAGUGCCGAGGCAUCUUCACAUCCUACCUUGGAAUUGCCAACCACCACCUCCAGUGACAUGCCAAGCUCUCCGAUUACACCUCGAGAUCGUUUGACAAGUGCAAUUCGGUCCGUCAUGAUGCUCCAGUCUGCAACAUCUUCUCCCAGCAGCCCAUUUUCUUCUCCUGCGCGGAAACGAACGACCUCGUCGGUGUUCACAGAUGUAUCGAGAGGAAAGUCAGAGAUGGGUGCCACCCCGACAUUUAGAGGAUCUAAAGUCGCUUCUCUCAUACCGAAGCUCAAGAGCUUGGAGGCAACGCAAGAUUUACCUGCGCAUUCAGCACUCGUCAGGCAUUUACAGUUCUCACCUAAUGGGAAGUUUUUAGCGACUUCAAGCUGGGAUCGGACGUCUAUCAUAUUUCGCGUCGGGGAACCUUGUGUGCCCCAUCGCGUGCUUGCCCAUGCUUCUGGCUUUGUUGGUCAAGUUGCUUGGUCCCCGGCUGGUGUGCUUCUCCUUACGCGGCUCAAUCGAGCGAUCAAAAUUUGGACGGAGGAUGGAGUGUGUCGAAAGACCAUUGAACGUCAACAUCAUGUCCAGUCAAUUGCAUGGUUCCCUGGAGGGGAAGCAUUUCUAUCUGUUGAGGGUAGCGAAGUGGUCAAAUUGGAUCUUAAUGGCAAUGUCCUCGACACGUAUCACUUCAAUCGGGUGUUCAUUCAUGAUGUGGCCAUCACUCCCGAUCUACAGCGGUUGCUGGGUGUCGGGCCGAUCCUAUAUUCUCCCAAAGGAUUGCAUCCUAGCAAGUCCCGGGUAGAAAAGCAGCUUUUAGUUUAUAAUGUCGAGACGAAGGUUAUCGAAAACCAGACGCCGGUGCUCAACGAUGUUCGGGAUAUAACGCUUGCUAAGAAUGGACAAGUGGCUCUGGUAUCUUAUGAAAACAAGGCGUUUCCCCAGCUGUGGAAGUUAGAAAUGGUCAAGGAUCAGGCGCGACUGACUUUGCGUCAUACUUAUAUGCCCAAGGUGCCAGUUGACUUUGCGGGACCGAGCUAUUUCGGGGGCAAGGAUGAUCAGCUUGUGCUUUGUGCUGGCAAGGCUGGUGAUAUAUAUAUCUGGGACCGCGAUACAGCCGUGCUUCUUCAUCAUGUCCGUGCCCAAGCCCUAGGUGGAGACCUGACUUGUAUCGCAUGGAACCAUGCUUCGGACAACCCUUUCAUGUUUGCUACGGGAAGCCACGAUGGUGCGGUCCGAUUAUGGACAACGGCAAAUGACUAUCGCCCAUCCGAGUCUACUCGUCGUCUUUUUCCAGUGACUGCGCAAUCUACACCGCACUCUCUUACCCCUUGCUCACCUUCACCUGUCGAUACCGGUGUUCGGAUGAAUAGUGCAGGCAUGCAAUUGGGCGAAUAUACCUCAGAGCCAUUAACGCUCACACCUGUGGAAGACAGCGGCCAGCGAGACAGAUUUGUUACCUUUGCGCAUACCCGUGGACAAUAA